UUAUUGCUUUACAACUUUUAUAUAUAUAGGAAAGUCAAUUUCAUGCAAUGACACUUUUCGGCCACUGGGGGAGACCUCCCCCCCUUAAAAUCCGCUUAUGUUUCUCACUAAUGACAAAAUGUAUUCAUUAAUUUUAUUAACAGUGGUCUUACUUAACUUUUUGGCUACCAUUGACGUCCAAUCCAUCGGAACUGGGAUGGCUGACACUAAAUGACACUGACUCAGUGCCAUUGACAUUAAACUACAAUGAGGAUCAGAUCAACAAGGUUAAAGGCUAGAAAAAAAUUGAGUUGCACUCGUAGCAAAGUUUUUCACACCAAAUGCACCAAAUGUAUCAUAGAGUUAACCAUUGAUGGACCACCCCCUUCACCAUGUAACACUUGAUGCAUGUCUUUCAUUGAUUUGCACUGUCAGUUGAUUUGAUUGAAUCGGUUGACCUCCUCCAUGUAAAAAAAAGGCAAAAGUAGGCUCAACAGAGUGAUUUUUUUUAAAAUUCCAAGCCAUGUGAAGGAAUUUCUCUGUCAUUUUUUUGUUUUUGUUCUUGGUGCUAUUUAGACUUCCUUAUCGGUUGUGUUCCCGGUCGUUAAGGAGUGGAGCUAGUUUCAAUAGCAGCUGAUACUCAAGCAAACCGUUGACCACACACUGAGACUUUAAUCUCGCUCUCUUGAUUUCACCUCAUCUGCUCCAUUUUGUCCUUCACUCCCUCUUUUCCUGCUCUUGAGGGCACUUUUCCAGACAGAAACUACAAGAGCAACUCAAGUCCUCUCAUCAAGGACUUUGCACUCAUUCAGUACUCUUAGCUGCCCAGGAAGGUGUGUGAUGUUUACUUAAGUUAAGCCAGUGACCGAAAGGGGGGGCCUCAAAUCUUGUGCAGACAGGACAGAAAUCAUCCGACAAAAUCCCCCUAUAACAUGAGAAUGUUUCUACACGCUUCCUGUUAUUUUCCACCUUUCUUUUUCUGCAUCUCUAAGCAGAAAAGACAACUGCAUUUCCCAUCAGGCAUUUCUCUUUCCCUCCCUCUCUGUCUCACUUGCUCCCCCACACACAUUUGUACCUGUUCAAGCUCCACCCUGAUAGGCACUCAACCUUGCAGUGUUUGUGUAGAGCAGGCCGGCCCGUGUGUGCUCAGUGCCCCGCUGUACCUGUCUCUCAUGGAGGUGGACCAGCACUCCUUAGAGCAGACGGCCCAGCGGUGGAGAGCUGUCAGGCAACUCUGGCCACAGAUCUAAUUGGGUGAUUUUGUCAGAAUGACAGCUGAAGAUCCUGCUUCCUCUUCAACCAUGAGCAACAAUACUGCCCCCUCCAAACCCUGCAAAUCCACGGGUGCCUCACACCAUGCUGUCCUCGGACAGAUCAACAUUCCGGAUGGUGUUGCAGGGACUCCCAAUGAGGCUGCACUGGUGGCCUUGAUGGAGCGCACUGGUUAUGGUAUGGUCCAAGAAAAUGGACAACGUAAAUACGGCCCUCCUCCCGGUUGGAACAGCCCUUCUCCACCAAGGGGAUGUGAGAUCUUUGUGGGCAAGAUCCCAAGAGAUGUCUAUGAGGAUGAGCUCGUUCCUGUGUUUGAGUCUGUGGGACGCAUCUAUGAGAUGCGCCUGAUGAUGGACUUUGAUGGGAAGAACCGAGGCUACGCAUUCGUAAUGUACACUGAGAAACACGAGGCAAAGCGAGCUGUGCGGGAGCUCAACAACUACGAGGUGCGUCCUGGGCGACUCCUCGGGGUCUGCUCUUCCGUGGACAACUGCCGUCUUUUCAUUGGCGGUAUCCCCAAAACCAAAAAGCGUGAGGAGAUUCUGGAGGAGGUCUCCAAAGUGACCGAGGGUGUGCUGGAUGUGAUAGUUUAUGCCAGUGCAGCAGACAAGAUGAAGAACCGUGGCUUUGCCUUCGUAGAGUAUGAGUCGCACCGUGCGGCCGCCAUGGCCCGCAGGAAACUAAUGCCAGGUCGUAUUCAGCUGUGGGGACACCAGAUUGCAGUGGACUGGGCAGAACCAGAAAUCGAUGUGGACGAAGACGUCAUGGAGACAGUUAAAAUACUGUAUGUUAGGAAUCUCAUGAUGGAGACAAGCGAGGAAACAAUUAAACAGGUGUUUAGUCAGUGGAACCCAGGAUGUGUAGAGCGUGUUAAGAAAAUCCGUGAUUACGCCUUUGUUCACUUCAUAUCCCGUGAUGAUGCCGUGCUGGCCAUGGACCACCUCAACGGAACGGAGGUGGAGGGCUCCUGCGUUGAGGUCACACUUGCCAAGCCAGUUGAUAAAGAGCAGUACUCUCGCCAGAAGGCCUCAAAGGGGGUACCUGCUGCUCCAGAAGCUCCACAACAGAGCUAUGUUUACCAGUGUGACCCUUACACAUUGGCCUACUACGGUUAUCCCUACAACACACUUAUUGGACCCAACAGGGACUACUUUGUGAAAGGAUCCUCAUUGAUACAGAACAAUGCAGGUACUGUGCGAGGUCGUGGUCGCGCUACCACAGGUAACCGUACCCCUGGUCCCCGGGGAUCAUACCUGGGGGGUUACUCUGCUGGUCGUGGCAUCUACAGCCGCUACCACGAGGGUAAGACCAAGCUGCCCGAAAAGUCCUAUGAACUGAUGCCCAGUCUGGAGCUUGCUGCCUCCGUCAACCCAGUUGCCAUCAAACCAGGCACAAUGGCAUUGCCAACUUUGGCUGGACAGUACCCAGUAUUCAGUGCGGCCCCGGCAGCCAAGCUGAUGGAGGAGGGCAAGGUGCACACUGUGGAGCACCUUAUCAACCCUCUGGCCAUGCAACACCCUGAACAUACCGCUGCUCCUGCUGCCGCCGCUACGGUUCUGCCUGUCUCCACUCCACCUCCUUUUCAGGGUCGUCCAAUCACUCCUGUCUAUGCCAUGGCCCACAAUGUCCCCCGCAUUCAAGCAGCUGGUGGCCUGUACAGUGCCGGAUACGUCCCUAUCACAAACUAUGCGGCCAACACGGCCGCUCUGGCUGCCCUGCAGAAGAACGCAGCAGUUGCGGCCGCGGCGUACGGAGGCUACGCUGGCUACGCCGUGCCGCAGGCCUUCCCGGCGACGGCCUUCCAGCUGCCCAUCCACGAUGUCUACCAGUAUUGAUGUGUGGUGGCCCGUCCUGCAUGAAGUAAACACCAGCGUCAUUCUGCCUGUGACUGAUCCAACGCUGUAACCUCUCUACAGUGUGUAUUAGAAGUAAGUAACAGUGGACUUGGGGAACCUCCAAGCACAUCCUAAGUGUGAGUGACACUUGAAGAAAGACAAGUUGAAACAAUGUGCCCCUCCUUUUGGCCUUUGUUCAACCUCAAACAAAGGCAAUUAAAGACACACUGAUUGAUACAAAUUAGAAGAGGUUUGCUUUUGGAGAGAGCCUUCGUCUUUGUGGGGACAGCCUUCUCUCAACUGUGAGCAAAACUAACAAAACCGCACCAUCUUGUCUCUGACCCCAGGCACCAUCAUCGAUUGCUAUAGCAACAAAACCCUGAAGGUACAUUUAAGUAUUUAUGAAGAGAAGACAUAUAUAUUUAAGGUUCUAUUACUGUAGGUUGAGCUAUGUAUUUUAGGGGAUUAAAGAUUGCCUUUUUGACUAAAAGUGUAAGAAGAAUAGUUCAGAACUGCUGACUUGAGAGGAUACCACUGAAGCCAACUGUUUUGCAUAUACUAAUGAAUGUCUUAACCACACACCCCCAGACACACUAUUAUAUUUUAGUAUUCUUUUCUAGUCAACCGCUGCAGGCAAUGCUCUCUGUCCAUUGCUGAUUGAACUUUAUGCUUCAAACAUGGCUAUUUGGUACAUAUUUGGCUCAUUUUGCCGGACCUUUGUCUUUGUGGUUCUUUUCUAAUGAAGGUUUUAAAGCUUAUUAUGGUGUCCCUGGUUGAACAAUUUUAACAGUCUUUCUAGUUUAUUUGAAGAAAUGUCCAAGUGCAUUUUUGGAGGGGAUUGAAGGGGGCAGAUAAACAAAUAUUACAGCAUUUAUAAUACAUGAAAACUGGUAACAUCACGUACAUCGUUUUCUGACCUGGGGACGAAAAGACUGAAUGUUUCUCGUUCAUAUUGUCUUUUUAACAUUAGUUUUUUUUUGGGACUUUUGAAAGGUGAACAAAAAUGUAGAUACAUUAGUGGAUAUUUGGUAAUUAAACCUGCUGUAAAUACAUUCCAGUCUGAGGAUAUUAAAAAGAGGCCUCACCACAGUGCAUUAGUUUUUAGGCUCUUUUGUUUGUUUGUUUUUUCAUUUAAAAUCUUCCACUGUGCCUGUCAUGAUCAGUGGAAAGAUCCUUGAAUGGCUCUGAACUUAGCAUGACUCACAAGUCUGAUGAAUUUGUGAUGUUGCUGUAUUGAGGCAACGUGACAAGGCUAUCUCCUCCAUACAACAACAUUCCUUUCAUUUCUUUACCUACCUUCAAACUACGGUAAAGAUGAAGAGAUAGACUCAGGUUACUCGACGGUUCCAUUGUCAGUCCUCCGUGGUCACACUUGUGUUUUAAUCGGCGUGAUUAAAAGGAAGUUGCACGUGUGAUACUAAGCUGGAAACAACUGGAGCAAUACCUGACCUGAUAAUAGUUGCUAUUCACGCCAGCUCCCUAUGGGUGGAAGCUACAGUACAUAACAGAAUAGACUUUAAAAAAUCAGAUGGGAUUAUCUCAACUGUUUUUUUAUUGUUGUGUUUUUUUUUUACAAUUAUUUUUAAAGAAGACAUGCUAUCACUCCAAGUCAAGGUUUCCCACACUUUUACAGCUGAUGAUCCUACUAUGAAUUUGGUUCCAAGCUUACCUGUUUUUAAUUGACAUGUGUAUGUACAUUUAUUAUAAAAGCAGGAGACACAUUGGAGAAAAAAAAAGAGGUCCAACUCACUAUUUUAAAAGUUCCCAACUUGUGACGACUGCUUUUAUUAUUAUUCUUGUAUGAUGAUGACAACAUUAGGAUAUAUUUAAUUAAUAUAUGCAAUACAUUGUUGUGUAUGAAGUGAGAAAGACAGGUCUAAUAUAUUUGAAAACUUUAUUAACAUUUUUUAGCAUUGUUUCAAGUUUGAGUAAAAAAAAAAAAAGUACGUAGUUUUUUUCCUUGCCAAAGUGUCCAAUAGUUUAAAACAUUCAAGUUGUUGUAUUAAAUGUGAUGUUCUAUUUUCGUUUUUUAAAAUGUUUUAAACUGGUUUUGGUGUUGUGAGGUCUUUAAGCUUCAUUUGAUAAUAAGGCAAGACCACUUUGCAGUGUUUUUUUUUUUGUUUUUUUGUUUUU